UUAAUUUAUGUAGUUUCAGUGUUCUUCCAAUAAUGAUACUCAUUUUUCCAAAAAAAAAAAGGCAUCGAACGCCUAGUUGAUUUCACUAUAUAUAUAGAGUAUUAUCUUGGGAACUCCUAUACACAUAGCCUAAUUGCAGUUUGCAAAACUUUUGUCCUAACUGAAGUCUCUAAACUUUCCUUCCCUAAUUAAUAUGGAAGCUUACAUUGAGAUUCAAGCACCAGCUUGCGCUGUUUCAGUAGAAAAUAUUGACCAACCUAAACGCAGGUCAGCCAACUAUCAUCCAACCAUCUGGGGAGACUUCUUUCUUUCUUAUGGUUCCAAUGUCAAGGAGAAUAAUUCUUCAAAAGAAGCAAAAGAACACCAACGUCUAAAAGAAGAAGUGAGGAAAAUGAUUCUUGGAACCCCUAACGAAUCUUGGAAGAAACUUGACCUGAUUGACACUAUCCAACGUCUUGGGGUUUCUUACCAAUUUGAAACUGAAAUUGGGGCUGCUUUAGGACUAAUUUACAAGGAUUACGAUCAUCAUGACUCUGAAUAUGAUGAGAAGUUCAAGCAGGAAAACGGAAAUGAACUCCAUACAACUGCUCUUCGAUUUAGGUUGCUCAGACAACAUGGUUAUGAUGUUUCUUCCGACGUGUUCAAGAAAUUCAAGGACCCGGAAGGUAAUUUCAAAGAAUCUUUGUCCACCAAUACUCGAGGCUUGUUAAGUUUGUACGAGGCAGCAAAUUACAGGAUUCACGGAGAGGAAAUUUUGGAAGAGGCACUAAAUUAUAGUACUUCUCAACUUGAAAAAAUGUUGCCAAGCCUUGAUAAUUUACUGGCUUCACAAGUUAAACAAGCUCUGGACGUGCCAAUUCAAAAGGCUUUGACUAGGAUGCGAACCAGACAAUUCAUUUCAUUGUACCAAGAAGAUAAGUCACAUGAUCCAUCUUUGCUGAACUUUGCGAAGUAUGACUUCAAAAUCCUACAGAAGCUGCAUCAAGAGGAAGUUAGUGGCAUAACAAAAUGGUGGAAAGGCUUAGAUUGUCCCAAGAACAUACCAUUUGCAAGAGAUAGAGUGGUGGAAUGCUUCUUAUGGAUAAUUGGAGUGUAUUUUGAGCCUAAAUAUAGUGUGGCCCGAACAAGAAUGACCAAAGUGAUUGCGCUGGCUUCCAUAUUAGAUGACCUCUAUGAUGUUUAUGGGACCGUUGAUGAACUCAUCCUUUUUACUGAUUCAUUAGAUCGAUGGCAUAUUAGUGAAUUGGACGGUUUGCCAGAAUACAUGAGACCUUGUUAUCAAGGCCUCUUGGAUGUUUGUUCUGAAAUUGAGACAGGAUCGUCCAAGAAAGGCAAGAAGAACCCAGCGAACUAUGCAAUAUCAUCGUUAAAAACUUUAGCUAGAGCUUACCUAGAAGAGGCAAAAUGGGUUAACAGCAAGUAUGUGCCCGAAUUCGACGAGUACAUGGAGCUUGCGCUAGUCACUUGUACACAUCAAAUGUUGGCCACAAAUGCAUUGGCUUGCAUGGGAGACAUCGUGAGUGAAGACGCCCUCGACUGGGUCUCCAGGAACCCAUUAAUCCUAAAAGCCUCCUCAAUGAUUUGCAGGUUAAUGGAUGACAUUGUUUCUUAUGAGGUACGUAAAAUUUGAACUAUAAUAAUAAUAUAUAAUUUGAUUCAGAGGGAUUUUUUUUUUCUCUUCCUUAUCUUGAAGAUUGAUAUAACCCCCCAAUUAGGUCAUGAUCGUAUAAUGAAAAUCAUCAAUUCAUAUACAAAUCAAAUAAAUAAUUCGUAUACGUCACGAGAUUUAGUAUUUUAUUUUAUUUGCUAAUUAAAAUAUAAGCAUCGUCAUGAUGAUGAUGUUGCAGGCGGAGAAAGAGAGAGGAGAGUUAGCCUCAGCUAUUGAAUGUUACAUGAUCCAAUAUGGUGUUUCGAGGGAAGAAGCCAUUGCUGAGCUUGAGAAGCGAAUUACAAAUGCAUGGAAGGAUACAAACAGAGAAUUGCUAAUUGGUGAAGCCCCAGAAAUACCAAUGUUGGUGUUAGAGCGAGUGUUGAAUCUUUCAAAAGUGAUUCACCUUUUGUACAGGCAUGAAGAUGGGUACACAAAUGCUUUCACUGUUGCCAAGGACAUGAUCACACAGCUCUUGGUUGAUCCUGUUGAUGUAUGAUAAAUCAAAUCAACCCAAUCAAAUGAAGAUUACAUAAUGUUUAUUUUAGAUCAUAUAUAUAAUGUGCAUAUACAUCCUCAGGCUGUACGAAAAUGCAUGCAUGCUAUUUGUUUAUUUGGCUCUGGACUGCCAUUUAAUUUUAUUUGGUUGUAUUUUUCUUCACUUACGUGCAAAAUAUAGGCAAGAUUUUACGAGACAUUAGUUAAAUAUAUUUUAUACCUGGCUUUUUAAUUAAAUCAUAAUAUAUUUGAAGAUAAACUAAGCAAGAAAUCUAU